AAUCACUCCAGGGUCGUCGCAGAGAGAGAGAGAUGAUGUAGUGGAAGUGUACUACUCAUCUCACUCCUCCCCGUCAGCGUCACUUUCAAAUCAUAAACGUGUGGUCACUGGACAAGCAACGCCAGAACUUCCCACGGCUCCUGAAGGCAACAGCCAUCGUAUUCCUAAUUGAAGUCAGAUUGUAACGGUGGGGAGGGGCUCCUACUUCUGCUUACCAAGACGCUGCAGUGGUCUUCUAAAUGGACGACUGGAGGCAUUCCUGUGGGAUCUUUGCGGACCUUCCUUUUAGGAUGGAGUCCUCUUGCCAGGACCUGGCGCUUGAAGGCGAGAGGCUUUGUAAGGCGGGUAACUAUGGCGCGGGCGUGUCCUUUUUCCAAUCUGCCUUACAGAUUGGAACCGAGGACCUCCAAAUUCUCAGCGCCAUCUAUAGCCAGCUGGGAAAUGCUUACUUUCAUCUUCAAGAAUAUAACAAAGCCCUAGAAUACCAUCGGCAUGACCUAACACUAACUAGAACAAUUGGAGAUGAACUCGGAGAAGCUAAAGCUAGCGGGAACCUUGGAAACACAUUAAAGUUUUUAGGACGGUAUAAUGAAGCUGCGGUCUGUUGCCAAAGACAUUUGGAUAUCACAAGAGCUGUGUUUGAUGAGGUUGGGCAGGCUCGAGCGCUGUAUAAUUUCGGAAACCUUUACCACGCCAAGGGCAAGAGCCUGUGCUGGAGUGGUACAGAGCCAGGAGAGUUUCCAGAGGAGGCUAGGAUCGCCCUUAGGAAAGCUGCAGAGUACUACGAACAAAAUCUGUCCCUGGUGAAGGAGAUGGGCGAUCGUGCAGCUCAAGGUCGUACCUAUGGGAAUCUUGGGAACACCUACUAUCUCUUGGGUGACUUUGAAAGCGCUGUAGCUGCACACGAAAAGAGGCUUCUUAUCGCCAAAGAGUUCGGUGACAAGUCUGCGGAACGGAGGGCUCACUGCAACCUGGGGAACGCAUACAUAUUCCUGGGCCAGUUUGACAUGGCGGUUAAUCACUACAAGAAGACUCUGCAGGUUGCCAGGCUGUUGAAGGACAAGGCAGUGGAGGCUCAGGCCUGCUACAGCCUGGGCAACACCUACACACUGCUGCAGGACUACGAGACGGCCAUAGAUUACCACCUCAAACAUCUGGUCAUCGCCCAGCACCUUAAUGACCGAGUGGGUGAAGGAAGAGCGUACUGGAGCUUAGGAAAUGCACACACUGCCCUGGGGAAUCAUGAGAGUGCUGUGUUCUUCGCUGAGAAACAUCUGGAAAUUGCCAAAGAGACGGGAGAUAAGAGUAGCGAGGUAACCGCCAGGAUGAACCUGUCUGACCUGCGGCUCGUCGUCAACCUAAAGUCAAACUCCAGCUGGAAUCGCAUGUUCAGCAACACCAACAACUCUGGUUUGACGGAACACCUUCAGCCUUACAUCAGCCUGCCAGGAUGCAAGUCAACUUUGAGUAGUAAUGGGAGUGCUGAAAGCAUGGACCGCAGUCAUAGUUUCGAUAAAACCGAAAAACUAGAGCACCAUCAGGACAGGGAGGACCAUCUGUUUCCUGGCUCGCAAAAAAACAACACCAUCAAGGCAUCUAGCAAGCUUUUUCUCUUCCACCGGCUGAAGAGCAGGAAGAGUAAGAAAAGCAACUCUAAAGAGCACUUGGAAAACCACAGUGAGCACGCGGUCCCAGAGCAGGACUCCCCCAUGUCUUCUAAGUCAACGCCACAGGACACCAUAGGGGAGGACACCUUCUUCGACCUGCUCUCCCGUUUCCAGGGCAGCAGAAUGGACGACCAAAGGUGUUCACUGGAUGGCCAGAGCCAUCCCUCCGCCCAACCCUCCCCUUCCUCCACCCUACCUGUAGCUGAGGGGAAAUGUAUUUCAGAGCACGAAACUCCAUCACAGGAUCCUGGUCAUUUCCUGGAGCUGCUGGCCAGCUCCCAGGCCCGUCGUCUGGACGACCAACGAGUCAGCCUCAGCCAGUUACCUGGCUUGCGUCUCAACAGCUGCAACCCGCCUCGUACACCCUGCACCUCCAGCAAAGAGCAAGCCCCGUCUCAAGCACUAAACUCCAGUGCAGAUACUCCUCGCGCACCCUCCCUUUACAACCACCUCGAGGACAACGCUGAAGGGCCAGAGGGAGAUGAAGUCUUUUUCGAUAUGCUAGUGAAGUGCCAGGGCUCCAGACUGAACGAUCAGCGGUGCGCUGCUCCGACUUCUACAGCUAAGGGCCCGACUAUCCCAAACGAGGACUUUUUCAGCCUCAUCCUACAUUCCCAGUCCAACCGGAUGGAAGAGCAGCGAGUCUCCGCUCCCGCUGGAAUCACUCAAACCAAGCCAGGCUGACAACGUGCAGAUUCAGGACAACAAAUGAAGUGGCUGACUCAUGCCUUUUUGAUUAUCCUGACUACAUUCUUGGAACUUGGUGUGGACAACAUAAAUCUCACUGAAGGAAUGGAUAAUUCAGAAAGGGCUAAAAGGGAACUGUAUAGAGAAUCUUUGAAGCAUUUUGAAACAUUUUUAGUUCAUGGCCUUCAUUUUGGGUCAAACUGACUGUUUUAAUUUGUAAAGUCUUCCCAGUGAUGUCUGUUCACUCUGGAGGAUCACAUCAGACUUAGCAGACUAAACAAAAAAUAAUUAUUUUUAAACUGAAGACAGACUAUUUUGUGAGUCCUCAGAUCGGUCCAGCAGCAACUUCUGACUGUGGGCUCAAGCAGUUUGUUUUACGCGGAGAAAAACGGAGGCCAAAAUGCUGCAACGCUGCUGGGCAGUGGGGCCAUUUACAGUAGCAGUUUUUGUAUUUUUGUUCAGUUUCACUGUUUAAGUUGUCUUUGUUCUUUUCUCACUAUAAAAUGAAUGGACAUGUUUAUGCAAUGCAACAAAGUUACAAGAGUUAACCAGUGCUGGUGGGAAAAUAGAUUUUUAUACUGAUUCCUUCUCCUGACAAUGGAGAAAUAAAAUUUUAUUCAACAUA